AUGGGAGUGGCGUCUUCAACAGUACUAGUUGGUAUUUAUGCUAUAGCAAAUCAACAAAUUGUUUUGAUUUUCUUUUUCACUGCACGAACUCCUAAGGCUUCAAAUUUUCAAAUAAAUUGCUUCCAAAUGUUUCAAAAUCUUUUCAUUCUUGUUAACUUUAUGCCAACUACUUGGUUACCUUUUUAUCGCCGUAAAUAUAUUUUGGCUGUUUUACCUAGCUAG